GUUUUUGAGCAGGCGAGCUUAUCGCCGUGUGCCAAGAGGGCAAAGUGCUAUUCCUGCCACGCUUCCACAAUUAUUUAGGCGGCAGCCCAGCCCGAUGGCAACCUAUCCAGCAGCGGGACUGCCCGCAACGGACGGCUUGGCGAAGGAGCUGUGGGACAAUGUCCAGCACGAGGUGUUCAUGUCGCUCCAUGACCCGUUUGUACAGGGAAUGGCACAGGGCACGCUCGACAAGCGGGCAUUCCAGCACUACGUGGCACAGGACGCCUACUUCCUGCACUACUUCGCGCGCGCCUACGGCAUCGCGCUCAGCAAGGCGCUGGCGCUGGACGAGCAGACGUUUGAGGACCUGACGGGGCUGCUGCGCGGCGUGCACGAGGAGCUGCAGCUGCACGGCAGCUACGCCGCAAAGUGGGGAGUGGACAUGACGGUUGCGGGCACCCGCCCCAGCGCCGCCACCAAGGCCUACACCGACUUCCUGAUGGACGUGGCGGACGCGGGCGGACAGGACGGCAGCGUUGCCGAGAUCCUGGCGGCCAUGCUGCCGUGCGCCCGCCUGUACGGCUUCCUGGGGGCGGCGCUGGCGGGCGCACACGGCCCGCAGGCGCCUGAUCAGGCGCCGCCGUGCCACGACUACUGGGAGUGGGUCAAGACCUACUCCUCCCAGGAGUACCUGUCGGUGCCGGGUCUGAAGGAGCGCAUGUUCGAGCGCCUGGCGGGCAAGGGCGCAGACAAGGCCAAGCUGCUGGCGCUGUACCGGCGCGCCAUGCAGCUGGAGGCGGAGUUCUUCGCGGCGCAGCCCUACAGCCCCCCGCCGCGCCGCUUCUCGGCCCUGGUGGUGGACUUUGACGAGACGUGCACCGCCCGCGACACCAUCGGCGGCCUCAUGCGGCUGGCGGCGGCGGCGGCGGGGCAGCCGGGCCGCGCUACUGCCGGCGACGCGGCCUGGGUGUCUGCCACGUCAGCCCGGCUGGCGGACGCCUACGUUGCGGCUCAGGGGGAGCUGCUGGGGAGGCUGCUGCCCGAGGGGGCCCCUGACGCAACCUGCUACGACGCCGCCGGUCUGGAGGCGCUGCUGGCGGCGCUGUCGGACUUUGACGCCGCCAUGAACGGACCCGUGGAGGAGUGCGGCAUCCUGAGGGGCUCAACAGCUGCCGAGGUGGCGGCGGCGGGUGCGGGGCUGCAGCUGCGGCCGCAGUGUCGGGAGGUGCUGGCGGGGGCACUGGGCCGAGGCAUCCCCGUGCACGUGCUGUCAGUCAACUGGUCCGACGUGUAUGUGGGCGCGGCCCUGUCGGCCGCCGCCGGCAGUAGCAGUAGCAGCAGCAGCGGCAGUAGCAGUGGGGCGCUGCCGGUGCGGCUGGCGGGCGAGGGGGAGGCGGCGGCUGCGGCUGCGGCGGCUGCUGGGCCGGCGGCGGUGGAGUUGCUGUGCAACAGCCUGCAGCUCGACGGCUCCGGCCUCACCACCGGCGCGCUGACCAAGCGCGUGCAGAGUGCCCGCGACAAGCGCGCCGCGCUGGCGGAGCUGCGAGCACGCCUUCCUGCAGCUUCCACAGCGGCGGCAGCGGCAGAUGGAUCCACGGAUUCUGGAUCCAGCAGCAACCCGGCGGCGCUGGUGUACGUGGGCGACUCCACGUCCGACCUGGGCGCGAUGCUGGAUUCGGAUUUCGGAGUCGUAAUCGGAUCCAACGCGCUGCUGCGGCGCGUGUGCCGGCGCUUCGGGGUCCGGAUCCUGCCGCUGGCGGCGGCGCCGCUGGAUCCGCGCCGCGUGCCGGCGGGCACGUUGUACGAGGCGGUUGGCGGUUGGGCCGAGAUCCGCGCCUUCCUGUUUGGAGUGGAGCGGCCCGGGGAGGCGGCGGCGGCGGUUGGCGGCUCUGCCGCCGUGGCGGCGGUUGGCACGGCGGUUGGUACGGCGGCGGUUGGUACGGGCGGUGGCAGCGCGUCCCUGCCGCGCGUGCUGAGCAUCGCUGGGUCGGACUCGGGCGGCGGCGCCGGCAUCCAGGCUGACAUCAAGGCGAUCCUGUCCCGCGGCGGCUUCGCCAUGACCGCCCUGACGGCGCUGACAGCACAAAACACACACGGCGUGUCGGCCGUACACCCCGUGCCCCCCGACUUCCUGCGGCGGCAGAUUGACGCCGUACUGGGCGACCUUGGCGCGGACGCGGUGAAGACGGGCAUGCUGCCCAACGCCGAGUGCGUGGCGGUGGUGGCGGAGGCGGUGCGGCAGUACCGCGGCGCCGGGCACGCGCUGCCGCUGGUCGUGGACCCCGUGCUGGUGAGCACCAGCGGCCACGCCCUGGCGGAGGGCGGCGCGGCGGCGGCGCUGCUGCGGCAGCUCAUCCCGCUGGCCAGCCUGGUGACGCCCAACCUACCAGAGGCGCAGGCGCUGCUGGGCGGCGAGCAGAUUGUGGACGUGGAGGGCAUGCGGCGGGCGGCCCAGCAGCUGCAGGCCAUGACCGGCUGCGCCGCGGUCCUGGUCAAGGGCGGCCACCUGCGCCCGCCGCCGCCGCCGCCGCAGCCAACCGCCAACAGCAACGGCCAUGAUGGCGCCGCUGGAUCCGGGAUUUUGGAUCCUGUGGCCGAGUCCGUGGACGUGCUGUAUGAUGGAUCCACGCUGCACGAGUUCCGCGGCCCCUGGAUCCACACAGCCAACACGCACGGCACGGGCUGCACGCUGGCCUCCGCCAUCGCUGCCGAGCUGGCCAAGGGCCUGCCGCUGCUGCCCGCCGUGGCCGCCGCCCGCGCCGCCCUGCUGGAGGCCCUGCGCGCCUCCGCGCCGCUGGCCCUGGGCUCCGGCGUGCAGCGCCCCUUCCACCACCUCCACAUGCUGCCCGUGCUGGCGCCCGCGCCCGCGCCCGCAGCAGCGUCUGCGGCGGCGGCGGCGGCGACUGCCGGCGUGUCCAUCGCGCCGCCUGCGGCGCCGGGGGCGGGGUCGGGGGCGGGGUCGGGGGCGCUGGGCCGUGUGGAUCUGGGUUUGCUGACGCGGCAGCUGCGGCUGUAUGCGGUGACCGACCCGCACUGCAACCAGAAGGCCGGCAGGAGCCUGCUGGAGGCUGUGACGGCGGCGGUGCGCGGCGGCGCCACCAUCCUGCAGAUCCGGGAGAAGGACAUUGACGGCGGAGACUUCUUUACGGAGGCGGCGGCGGCACUCAAGGUGUGCCGGGCGUACGGCGUGCCGCUCAUCAUCAACGACCGCGUGGACGUGGCCCUGGCGGUGGGGGCGGAGGGCGUGCACGUGGGGCAGUCCGACCUGCCGGCAGCGGUGGUGCGGGCCAUGAUCGGCCCAUCCCGCAUCCUGGGUGUGUCCGUCAAGACGCCCGAGCAAGCCGCCGCCGCCCGGGCCGCCGGUGCCGACUACCUGGGGGCGGGGGCGGUGCUGCCCACCGGCACCAAGGACACGGACGUGAUCGGACUGGGCGGCCUGGAGGCGGUGGCGGCCGCCGCGGCGCCGCUGCCCAUCGUGGCCAUUGGCGGCGUGUCAGCCGCCAACGCGGGAGACUGCGUCAACGCCGGCUGCGCGGGCAUUGCGGUGGUUUCAGCCAUCUUCGCACAGGCCGACGCGGAGGGCGCGGCGCGGUCGCUGCUGGCGGCGGUGGAUGAGGCACUGGCGACGAAGCAGAAGCGCUAGAGGAGGGAGUGCUGGCGGCAAGAGGAGGGAGUGCUGGCGGCAAGAAGAAGAAGCGCUGGGAAGUCUGACCGGGGGUUGGGGGGCUGUCAGGCGACCCGGCACCAUUGCCUGAGGGCUGGCCAGAAUACAAUGGCUGUGGGAGUGCUGGCAUGUGCAGCGUGUGAGUGUGUGUGUGGGUUUGGGGAUUGGGGGAUGAAGAGUGCUACAAGAGGUGGAGGUUGAAUGGUGGCGGUCACCGCUUGGGAUUCGGGGGGUGGCGCGUGUCCAUGCGAGUGUGUGCCAUGCCAGAGUGUGCACGGCAGUGGAACACACGUUCGAGCGGAUUAUGCGUGCUAUUGUGGUGACGCCUUGCUUUAACGGGGAGCAAAGCAGCUUAGGCCCGUAUGUGAUCAGCCACUAGGGUAGCACGAGGAUGAGACGCAGGUGUGGUUCUUUUGGCUUGGUGGUCGCGCUGUGUGUGAGCUCGGCCAACAAGCCAAGGCCACCGGUGAGACUUGGUCUUGGUGUGGGCAGCGGUGGACAGGGAGGGACUGGGUAGACGCCUGCGGCACACGCAACCGUGCGCGACAGCGCAGCCGUGCGGGCGAGCGAGUACUAAAGAGCAACAAUUAUCAUUUGCUGCUGGACAGGUUGCGCGACACUAGUCCGCUGAGUAGCCGUCAGUUGGCGCCAGGUCGCAUGCAAUGGGAUUCGGAUUUCAAAGGCUUUU